UAAUACGGUGAGCGCUACUGCCGACAAAACAGUUCAGUAGCAGCAGCUCGUCGUGUCAGUGAGUCGAGUGAUCGAACCAGAUUUGAAUUGCCGCGAUAAACAGUUUGACAAUUUGACAGUGGUUCUGAACUGAAAGAGCUUAUUGAUCAUAUUGAAAAAUCAAACAAGCCGGAAAAAUCAUCCCCUAGAAGUGAAAGAAAAUUUUAUUCUAAAUAACGAAAGUAAAACUUGUUGCGGGACACUUCAAAGGAUAACGAAAAGUGUUCGUUCGCUCAUCGUCUAAAAGUCGUCCGGUGCAAUUUGGAAGCUUAUCAAAGAUUCAAUAAUGAAAACCCAGGAACGGAACGGAGAUGUUUCCCGAGUUAGAAUAGCAGUUCUUGGUAGCAGCAACGUUGGUAAAUCUGCAUUGACUGUCCGCUAUCUGACCAGACGUUUCAUCGGAGAAUACCGCUCAAAUACUGAUCUCCUCUACAGGCAGAUCAUCACGAUAAAUAAUAUGCCGUUAAAGGUUGAAAUAGUCGACGUUUCAGGCGAAGCUGAAACGAGUUUUCCUUCCGAUCAAGUCGCCUGGGCAGAUGGUUGCUUAAUAGCUUACAGUGUAACGGAUCGUCAGAGUUUCUUGUACGCGGAGGAGUGCCUUCGACAAAUUCAAAACGGGGAUAGUCCAUCGGUGCAGACGGUAUUACUGGCGAAUAAAAUGGACCUGGAACACCUCAGAGAGGUGGAUGAAUUGGAGGGCUUGGAGCUUUCGAAACAGUACAGAUGCCAAUUCCACGAGAUAUCAGUUGCGGAGGACUCGGCGUCGCUCUACAAGGCGUUCGAGCAUCUAGUGACCGAGUGCCGAAUGCUGCUGCAAAAUACAAAGAUGCGAAAAUUCUCGGUGAGCAAAAUGAUCGGGACGUUGAUCGGCUCGCAGAAAAACAUCGCGCCCCAAGGCGGCACGGUCGUCGUGUGCAAUAAAAACGACCUGCAUCGAUCGAGAGUGAUGAAAAGGCGGCAAAACCUGGUAGCGACCGCAAGCCUCUGAUGCAGCCCGGAAAUAGCCGGGGACCAGUAAUCGGUUCAAGGCGGUGACGGGACUUUGAUUCUUCAUCUGAAUGAUGAGCCUUUUAGGCCAUAGAACUUCGGAACUUCGGCCAGACUGGCUGGCGGGUCGAGGAAAAAUCCUUUUGUUUACUCCGGUAUUUCCUUCCACGCGGCGUGUCGACGCCGCCGGUGUUAAAACCAGCCGAUAUUAUACUUGGAGUUUGCGUUUGGUUGUACCGCUUGUCUACAAAAAUAACCGGCGAGACCUGGUAUGUCGGCAGUGGCGCCGCCAUAGUGACUUCGUCGGCUUUUCAUUCAUGCCUGCAGGGAUUCGAGAUGAUGACUAACGCGCUGGCGGGGACGGGAUUCGACGCCAAGCGUCGCGGCGUCGUUUCGAAAUGAGAUACCUCUUGUCAAGUAUUGAAAAUCACCCCGAGUCAGAUUACAACGACGCAUUAUUUUCAUAAAAUUUUUUUAAUACUAGAAACUUUUUAAUUGAUAGAUGAUUCCGAAAGUGUCACUUUUAGUUUUAAAUAACCGAUUGUGAAUUUAAAUUUUGAGCUAAAUUUCUGUUGCCUAGGUAAUCUUAUGAAGGUACUUGGUCGA